UCAGAUUCUGGGAAGUGUCCGGCGGGCUGCGCGUCGGGUCUCUCGCGAUGGCAGGUUCCUCCGGGGAGCAGGCUCUCGCCUACACGUGCCUCCUGAGCAUUAGGGACGAGGCAGCCCGGGCGCGGGCCCUGAACGAGCACCUCAGCACGCGUAGCUAUGUCCAGGGGCACACGCUGUCCCAGGCAGACGUGGACCUGUUCAGGCAGCUCUCGGCCCCGCCCGCCGACCCGGGGCUCUUCCACGUGGCUCGGUGGUUCAGGCACAUAGAAGCGAUCCUGGGUGACCCCCGGGACAAAGGCCAGCCCUGUGGGCUCCACGCAAGUAAGGGCCGCCGGGUGCAGCCUCCGUGGUCUCCUCCCGCCGGGACGGCGCCGUGCCAGCUGCGCCUAUACAACAGCCUCACCCGCAGCAAGGAUGUGUUUGUACCUCAAGAUGGGAGGAAGGUGUCCUGGUACUGCUGCGGGCCGACCGUGUACGACGCCUCGCACAUGGGGCACGCCAGGUCCUACAUCUCUUUCGACAUCUUGAGGAGAGUGUUGAAGGAUUACUUCAAGUUUGACGUCUUCUACUGCAUGAACAUCACCGACAUCGACGACAAGAUCAUCAGGAGGGCCCGGCAGAACCACCUGUUCCAGCAGUACCGGGAGAGGAAGCCGCCGGCGGCACAGCUGCUGCGUGACGUCCACGCCGCCCUGAAGCCGUUUUCCGUGAAGCUGAGCGAGACCGUGGACCCAGACAAGAGGCAGAUGCUGGAGCGGGCUCAGCAGGCGGUGAGGCUUGCCACUGAGCCGCUGGAGAGGGCGCUGGAGGCGCGGCUGGCCGAGGAGGAAGUCCAGAGCUGCGUGCAGGUGCUGCUGGAGGAAGCCAAGGACCUGCUCUCCGAGUGGCUGGACUCCAGGUUUGGCAGUGAGGUCACUGACAACUCCAUCUUCUCCACGCUGCCCAAGUUCUGGGAGGCAGAGUUCCACAAGGACAUGGAGGCCCUGAACGUUCUCCCCCCAGAUGUCUUAACCCGGGUGAGCGAGUAUGUGCCGGAGAUCGUCAGCUUCGUCCAGAAGAUCGUGGACAAUGGCUACGGCUACGUUUCCAACGGCUCCGUCUACUUCGACACGGUGAAGUUUGCCUCCAGUGAGAAACACUCCUACGGGAAGCUGGUGCCCGAAGCUGUGGGCGACCAGACGGCUCUUCAGGAAGGCGAAGGUGACCUGAGCGUCUCGGCAGACCGCCUGAGCGAGAAGCGCUCUCCCAACGACUUCGCGCUGUGGAAGGCCUCCAAGCCCGGGGAGCCGUCCUGGCCGUGCCCGUGGGGAAAGGGGCGUCCAGGAUGGCACAUCGAGUGCUCCGCCAUGGCGGGCACCCUGCUGGGAGCUUCGAUGGACAUUCACGGAGGAGGGUUCGACCUGCGGUUCCCCCACCACGACAAUGAGCUGGCACAGUCAGAGGCCUACUUUGAAAACGACUGCUGGGUCAGGUACUUCCUGCACACGGGCCACCUGACGAUCGCGGGCUGCAAGAUGUCCAAGUCCCUGAAGAACUUCAUCACCAUUAAAGACGCCUUGCAGAAACACUCAGCACGGCAGUUGCGCCUGGCCUUCCUCCUGCACUCCUGGAAGGACACACUGGACUACUCCAGCAACACCAUGGAGUCGGCGCUGCAGUACGAGAGGUUCCUGAACGAGUUUUUCCUCAACGUGAAGGACCUCCUGCGAGCCCCGGUGGAUGCUGCUGGCCAGUUCGAGAAGUGGGAGGAGGAGGAGGCCGAGCUGAGUCACAGCUUCUAUGACAAGAAGGCGGCGGUGCACAGAGCCUUGUGUGACAAUGUGGACACUCGCACCGUCAUGGAAGAGCUGAGGGCCUUGGUCAGCCAGUGCAACCUCUACAUGGCAGCCCGGAAGGCCGCGAGGAGGAGGCCCAACCGCGGCCUGCUGCAGAGCGUCGCCCAGUACCUGAUGCACCUGCUCAAGAUCUUCGGGGCCAUCGAAGAGGAAAGCUCCCUGGGUUUCCCCGUCGGAGGGCCUGGACACAGCCUGGACCUCGAGGCCACGGUCAUGCCCUACCUGCAGGUGCUGUCGGAGUUCCGGGAAGGAGUGCGGAGGAUCGCCCGUGAGAAAAAAGUCCCCGAGAUUCUGCAGCUCACUGACACCCUCCGGGACGAGGUCCUGCCCGAGUUGGGGGUGCGGCUGGAAGACCACGAAGGGCUGCCGACCGUGGUGAAGCUGGUGGACAGGAACACCCUACUGAAGGAGAGAGAAGAGAAGAGGAGGGCUGAGGAGGAGAGGCGGAGGAAGAAGGAGGAGGCUGCCAGGAGGAAGCAGGAGCAGGAGGCGGCAAAGCUGGCCAGGAUGAAGAUCCCGCCCAGCGAGAUGUUCUUGUCCGAAAGUGACAAGUACUCCAAGUUUGAUGACAACGGUCUGCCCACUCACGACUCGGAGGGCAAGGAGCUGAGCAGAGGCCAAGCCAAGAAGCUGAAGAAGCUCUUCGAGGCGCAGGGGAGGCUGCACCAGGAGUACUUGCAGAUGGCUCAGAAUGGGGGCUCCCCGUGAGGACCGGCGGGGCUCCCUGUGCGGACCGAGGCCCUGGAGCCAGCGCGGCCGCUGGCUCCGGACGCUAAUAAAGCCUUGUGAACGGUGAGGCCCAGCCGCCCUCCCUGCGCGCCGCUCCGCCCAGCCAGUGGAGGGCGGCCCCACGCUGAUGGCGAUCGGCGAGUCCCCGGUGUGGGUGUGGGAGUAGGAAAGAGGCUGCUGAGCCUGGCAGAUCCCGCCGAGCCCCAGACAGAGGCCGCUCAGGCCGGCCUGGCUCUGACAGCGCCUGCAGCUUCUCCCCGGGCAGCCCCGGGGCAGGCGCCACCCCGCCGGGCCCCUGGCCUGCUGCUCACGACUGCCAUCCGUGACAGCAGGCUCAGGAUCGGCAUGGCUGGUGGGGGAGAUGGGGGGCCUCAGCCCCGCCCACGCCCAGACACGCCUGACCGUCCUGGGUUGUGGCGGAAGCAGAAGCCAGGACCUGCCUCAUGCCUGCCGAGGCCUGGGCCAGGACCUGGGUGCGGGGCCGGGCGGGGGUGCUGUCCACCUGCUGUGUGUGCGCAGCAGACCCUGCGCCCCGGUCCUGCUUGUGCGAAGCUGCCCUUGGUCAGGCAGUGCCGUGUGAGGGCCCAGGGCUAGGACGCGGGCGCUGCUUCACGCCUGUGCCGGUGACGCACGGCUGCGCUGUGGCAGAGCCGGGACCCAGCCUGUGGUCAGGGGGCGCUUGGUGCAGCGAGGGGCAGCAGUGUGGCCUGCGUUGGCGAGGACGGUCUGGGCACCUGUGUGGUGUGUGCAGUGCCCGGCCGGGAACAGCGUCCCCAGAACCAAGCGCCUCCUGUUCCGGCGUCAGCACUCGGUACUGGGCUGGCGAGGCCGGCAGGCAGGUCCCAGACAGGCUGUCACACCCUGCACCCGGGUCCCGAGAGGGAGGCCUGUUAAGACCUAACCUGCGGGGUGGCGAUGACCCCCCGCCUCCGUGAGCGUGGGGGAUGAGACGUCUGGUAGCUGUUCCAGAAAGUGCCACCUGCCGCGAAGUCACUUGUCAGAGCAGUGACCUCGGGGAAGAGGGCGGCUUCGCUGGCAGAAUCCGCCGCCGUCCUAGCAGGGUUUGUCCUGAGGUCGGAGAGUCAGGAGGGUCCCGUGGAGCCAGCAGCUGUGUGAGUAGCGGCUGGCAGAGUUGUGCUUGCGCGCCGUGGGCCGUGGCAGAGCCCGUGAGAGCCCUGGUGCCGGCCGCCGGAUUGAUGGGAGGUUGGGGAGGUCCCUGCUGCCUGCCCGCGGCCGGCGUGGUGCCACAGCGGGUCAGCCCACUGCCCGUGACGCCGCAGCUUCCCAUCGGCUCCCUGGGGCUGCCACAGAAGACGGCCCACAUGGGGCUGCAGGCUCCUGGCUUCAGCCUGGCCCAGACUGGCUCAGUCUGCCGUCCGGGGCGUAAACCAAAGGAUGGAAGAUCUGCUGUCUCUGUCUCUCCCUCCUUCGCUGUCACUCUAUCCAAUAAA